AUGGCUCGUCCCACUCGCGCCGCCGCAGCGGCGGCCGCUGCAAAACGCGCACGCUCAUCCUCCCUCAGCCUGACAGACACCGAGUCUCCGCCUCCCAAAAAGAUGCCCAAGAAGGCAUCCACGGCCUCAACUGCCAAAGCAACCGCGUCCAAGGCAUCCUCCAAAGCCGUCGGAAAGACGGCCUCGUCGCGCAAGCUUGCCUUCCCCCCAGCAGGCCUUGAGGGGCCCUACCCCGCGCGCCUGGGCAACCCGCCCUUCGCCUUCCCUCCUGCGCCGGAACUCAUUCCACCGGGCGCAACCACACCGCAAGUCAGCGGCGGCCUCCUGUCCGCUGCUGACGCGCUCAGCCGCCCCCUCCUGAUCGGAGCGCACGUCAGCGCGGCUGGCGGUGUCGCGACCGCCCUCCUCCGAGCUGCUAAGUUAGGUGCGAACGGCCUAGCGCUGUUCGUCAAAGGCCACCGGACGUGGAAGUCUAAGCCGCUUGAGGAGGAGGCGAUUGAGAGGUUCAGGGAGACGAUGAAGCCAGAGAGGGAGGGCGGCGUGGGUUACGGACCCGAGAGCAUCCUCGUCCACGGUAACUAUCUUAUCAAUCUGGGAAACCCUGACGAAACCAAGUGGAACACGGCGUACGAGUGCUUCCGCGACGAUCUGGACCGGUGCCACAAGCUCGGCGUCAAACUGUACAACUGGCACCCUGGAAGCACUGUCGGCGCGUGCACCAAGGACGAGUCCUUCGCGCUGGUUGCCAAAGCCAUCAACCGCGUGCACAAAGAGGUUCCCGAGGUAAUCACGGUAAUCGAGAACAUGGCGAAUGCAGGCUCCAACAUCCUCGGAACGGCGUUUGCCGACCUCGCAGCAAUGAUCGCGCUGGUGGACGACAAGGCACGCGUCCGCGUCUGCCUCGACACCUGUCACACGUUCGCUGCUGGCUAUGACCUGCGCACACCCGAGACCUACGCCUCCACCAUGGACGAGUUCUCCAAGGUGGUCGGGUUCGAGUACCUCGCCGGCAUUCACCUGAACGACUCUAAAGCGCCUCUAGGCGGCAACAAGGACCUACACGAGAACAUCGGUCUUGGCGAGAUUGGCCUGACUGGUUUCAGGGAGCUGGUGCGCGACCCGCGCAUGGCGGGCAUCCCGAUGGCGCUCGAGACACCGAGUGGGCCCGAGGACGGAGUCAUGUCCGAGAUCUGGGCGAAGGAGGUCGCGCUUCUUUACGAGAUCCAGGCUGUACCUGACACCGAAUGGGAGGAGCGCAAGGUCGAAAUUGAGGCGAGGUGGAGGAAAGAACGGGACGCGAUUUCGCCGCCCAAGGCUAAGUCUGUCAAGAAGACCGCAAGCAAAAAGGGAAAGAAGAAGCAAAGGAGCGAGAGCGAGGCCGAUGACAGCGAUUAG